GAGCUAAAUCUUGUGACAAGAAUCGAGCGCGUCGGUGGUUGAUCAGUCAAGCAUGGGCGAUCGGUCUAAUUCCGUCAAGAAGUAUUCGCUCGCAGAGACGCCGGGAUCGAGUGGGCGGAGGCGCUCCACUUUUGCGGGGGCGCCUCCUACGCCCACGCCCAUCGUCACACCGCCGCCGCCCCCACAAAGGACGGGUAUUCAAUCGUACCUUCACGCGCUGCUUUUGAAACUCGCAAGCCUUGUUGGUGCAGUGAGGGAAGAGCAAAAUGUUAUAGACGAGAAAAAACGAAAGAGUGAAGUGGCGAGGAAGCGCAAAUCCACUGCACCACCAGAAGUUGAAGAACGUGAUCAGGUUUUUUCUGCUUCUGCUUGACACACAACGGCAGUAAAUAUGGUUGUGGAAGAAAACGUGCAGCAGGCUGAAGCUCUGCCAUCUCCACAUCCCGACGUGGUUGAGGAGAACGUCCAGGAGCAGCCGGAGGACGACGACGACGGCGUCAAAAUUGAAAAGGAAGUGGAAGAAGAGAUGCAACAGCAGGACGUGGAAGAUUUAGUAGAAGUUGAAGUACCAGAGGAAGAUGCUGAGCAACAAGUUGUGGAAGUGAAUGACGAGGAUUUGCAGCAGUCGGAGGUGGGAGAAUCGUCUGAAGAAUCCGAACUAGAGGAGACUGUCCAGCAAGAGGCCGAAAGUACUGAUGACAAGAUUGAAUUGGUGGAAGACGGUUAUCCAGUGAACGAAGAAGAAGAUAAGGUAAUUGUUCCUGACAAGGAGGAAGAUCUGGCUGAAGAGGAGGAUAAACCAGUUUCUCAGGAAAAGAUUGUGGUGCCUACCAAAGACGUCCACGCAGCCAGAAAAGAAAAGAAGACGUCACUCAAUAACACUGACGAGAGGGAGGCCAAAACACCACUGAACGAUGCUGAGAAAGAGAUCAGGAAAGAGAAGAAGGCCUCACUCAAAGCUGUUGAGAGAGAUAGCGAGAGGGAGAAAUCGCCGCGCAAAUCACCACGUAAAGAUACAGAAAGGAAAGAGAAGAAGGUGUCACUCAAGGCUGUUGAGAAAGAAGAACGAGACGCCAAGUCGCCGCGGAAGGAUAGUAGGAAGGCGUCAAUCAUAAACCUUGAAUUAACAGAUGCUGGCAAAGAAACCAGGAAGGAGAAGAAGGCGUCACUCAAAGAUGGUGAGAAAGAACCACUUGGGGACAUAUCGCCACGCAGACUUGGGGAAAUAUCGCCACGCAGAGUUGGGGAAAUAUCGCCACGCAGUGAAAAAGAGCUCAAAGACGAUCGAAUCAGUGAGCAAAAUUUACAAAUAGUUGGGGAGUGUAUGGGUCACGAAGAAGAGAUGCUGAAAGAGCAGCAGCAGCAACACGGUAGCCUGGCAGCGAUUCGCGUAUCAGUACUCUACAAUCAAACCGAUGGGAAUGUUCUGUUCUUGGAGGGAGGCAAAGAUUUCGUCGAUCUUCUGAUGAACUUCCUGCUACUUCCUAUUGGAAGCGUGAUGAAGCUGCUUCACGAUAACAAGGCGGAUCUCACAGGACUGGGAGCUGUGGUCCGGCUGUUUCAGAGCAUGGAGAAGCUGGAACCUUCGAUCAUGGUGGUGGACAAGGACGUCCUGACGAUGCCAAAGUCCGAGAGGAGUGAACAAGAACACCACCAGAUCGAGCAACCUCUUGCUCCUCAGCUCCAGCACGGGUACGUGAAAGAGAAUCUAACUUUCACCAUCACAGACGAGCUCGAGAUCUUUCCUACGUCGACCAUCAAGAGCAUCGCGUUGCUCAACCAGCUCCAGGUGAAAAACAUGGCCGACUUGAAAAGCAUGGAAGUCAGCGUCGACACCACAGACGUUCUUCGAUUGCUCAGAGCUUCACUCACUCGAAAAUCCGUGCUGAAUUACGUUUUCCAGUGUCGUCUUCCAAACCAGCACGAACACGAGCGCUGCGAUCGUUGCUCCGUGCAUUGCAAAUAAGCUGUUUAGUUAAUGGCUUGAGUGUUCUUUGUAGAUCUUUAGUUUUUUUACUCUCGAGCAUUGCCACCGCGCAACACCUAUAAAUAUUUUAGGUUAUGGUA